AUCGAUCGAUCGAUCGAUCUCAGCAUCAGCAGCAGCAGCAGAUUCAUUUCUUGGUCUUCGUCUCCGUCUCCGUCCUUGGGUUGAUAUCCAGAAUCAGUCGGUUUGGUUUGUCAGCAAUGGCGAGGCUAGCCGGCGUUGCUGCUCUCUCGUUGGUGCUCGUCUUGCUCGGCGCCGGCGUGCCCCGGCCGGCGGCCGCCGCCGCGGCGAAGACGCAGGUGUUCCUCUCCAAGCUGCCCAAAGCGCUCGUCGUCGGCGUCUCGCCCAAGCACGGUGAAGUCGUGCACGCCGGCGAGAACACGGUGACGGUGACGUGGUCGCUGAACACGUCGGAGCCGGCGGGCGCCGACGCGGCGUUCAAGAGCGUGAAGGUGAAGCUGUGCUACGCGCCGGCGAGCCGGACGGACCGCGGGUGGCGCAAGGCCUCCGACGACCUGCACAAGGACAAGGCGUGCCAGUUCAAGGUCACCGUGCAGCCGUACGCCGCCGGCGCCGGCAGGUUCGACUACGUGGUGGCGCGCGACAUCCCGACGGCGUCCUACUUCGUGCGCGCCUACGCGGUGGACGCGUCCGGCACGGAGGUGGCCUACGGGCAGAGCUCGCCGGACGCCGCCUUCGACGUCGCCGGGAUCACCGGCAUCCACGCCUCCCUCAAGGUCGCCGCCGGCGUCUUCUCCACCUUCUCCAUCGCCGCGCUCGCCUUCUUCUUCGUCGUCGAGAAGCGCAAGAAGGACAAGUAGAUCGUCUUGCUGCAAACGCAAGUUCGCAGCUUCAGUGGACUGAAUUCCGUUAUCGGAAAAAAAAAAGGAAAUGCGUACUUUAGCUUGCUGUUAUAAAUGUAUACAGUGAUGUUCUCCUCGGAUAUAAUUUUGUGUUUGUUUUUACCUUUUUUAUAAAAAUUAUAUGUACCUUUUGUUUCUUAUUUUUGUUUGGUCACGUGCAACGAAUAUGAAAAUAAAUUGGUUGCUGUAACUCAAAG